AAGAGAUUUUCUGAGAAUACCAAGAAUGAGUAAGAUAGAAGAUCUGGUACAGUACAACCUUCUGGCGACCACUAUUGUUCCGCCUAUAUCCCGCCAGUGCGGUUCAUAUAGUGUCCGGAUCGAACAGGGAAGAAGCGGUGAUGAGUAUUACUUUACUAAAUAUGACCCUCUAGGAUCACACCAAGAAGUGACAAAUUAUUUUCGUAACGAAUCUUACCGAAGAAAGGAUUAUUCUGAUAGUCAUAGGAUAUUGCGAAGGAAUAACACUUAUUGUCAAUCACGUACACGAAUAAAUUCAACACGAAGAGAGUACAUUCCUCAAGAUUCAACUUAUCAAGUGGCUCAACUUUCUUCAGUAUCGGGACAGAGGACAGUCUCAGGAAUGUUGCAGCCUUCUCCUCACUUUAUCGCUUUGGGGGUUUCGGAGAGAACGUUUGAGUUAUUACUUCUCAGAUAUGUGAUCUCACCUACUUUAUUAUUGACGUUAGGUUAUCCAAUCGAGCCAGUAGGUAGUUCAACAAGGAAAAAAUCUCAUAGCGUUAGCUUUCCGGUUCAUGAAGGAAGAUUAAAUAUCAAUGCCCAGGAGUUCAGGCCUACAGAAAAAUGUUUGAUGAGGACAUGCUGCAGGUGCCAGAAAAUAUUUUUCACGACUGCAAACGCUUACAUUACGCAGGAGAAGUGUUACCACCAUUGGGGCAAAAGGCGUCGAUGUAAUAUUUCAUCACAUGAAAAUUAUGGAUACUUCGUUCACGAUUGCUGUUAUCAAAAAUUUGGUUCCUUGGGUUGCACAGAGAGUCAUCUUCAUGUAUGGAGUGGAUUCGAAAAUAACGAUAUAGAAGAACCUUACUAUGGAUAUGCAAUAACGAAACAGAGGCAAGAUUUUCAAGUCGGUGAAACUAGUGGAGUUUAUGCAUUGGACUGUGAAAUGUGUUAUACAGUGAGAGGAUUGGAGUUGACAAAAGUCACCGUUGUCCGUAUGGAUGGAGGCUUAGUUUAUGAUUCUUAUGUGAAGCCGUAUCAUGAGAUUGUAGACUACAAUACUCGCUUUUCUGGAAUAACGGCCCAUGAUAUGGAGAUCAAUGCCCCAAAAAGGAUACACGAAGUGCAAUAUGACCUUUUGCAGUUCAUAGGAGCAGAAACUGUUUUAAUUGGCCAUUCGUUGGAGAGCGACUUGCGAGCUCUGAAAAUUACACAUAAAAAUAUAGUAGACACCGCCCUUGUGUUUGAACACGAAAAAGGGCUUCCCUAUCGUAAGGCCCUGAAGGAAUUAGCAUCAACGGUGCUACAUCGCAAUAUACAGUCCAGCACAGAAGGCCAUAACAGUUACGAAGAUGCCGCUGCAUGCAUGGAUCUAAUGUUGUGGCGUGUUAAAAACGAUUUGUGUUCCCAAAGCUGUGUAAAUGAAUUUAAAUGA